GUACAGAAUGAAUGCUAAAAUAUAGGCGUUGAAUAACUUCGCUUGUGAACCACUUAUCUAGUCAUCUAACAAGCUGGACACGGGGAAUCUGUUCGGCUUUUGACAGGAACGUGAUUGCUACCUGCCUAAAUAACAUUAUAACAGGGUGUCUUGUUAACAGUCGUAAUGUUUAAGUGAUUUGCGUAUGUCAGCGUGUGUAAUAUAGGUUUACAACAGCAGGAAACGGGAAAUUGGUUGAAAUGUGAAAAGCAGUGCGCCUUGUCCUCGGUGACUCUUCGGGAUUCACCCAGCUUUUCCGACCACCUAAUUUGAUUUCGUGGCAUGUCACACCAGUUGUCAUGGGACAGGUUACUCAGGAUACCAAGUUACCCACUCGCCUCUCCGGCAGUGCGGUUUGGGCGCCAGCAGCACGGUGGCCUGGGCUCCCCUUCGGAGGGUCAGUAUGACAGGCUAUACCGGGGCCACAUCCCCACCAGCCCUCUGCAGAAGGCCUUGCUGGCAGUGGGCUCCGGAGUGGCCGCCCUGCAGGACCCCUACAGGCACGACAUGGUUGCUGUACUGGGCGAGACGACCGGCCACCUGGCCUUGAUGAAGCUGAGGGACAGGAUGAAGAGUGACCCCGAGGGAUGCAGCAUUCUCACGGAACGGCCACGCAUCCGUCUGUCCUCUUUGGACGUGUCUCGAAUGUCCGCCUUGCCAGAGGGAUCCCUGGGAAGAGAGUACCUCCGUUUCCUAGACGACAACCGGGUGACCCCAGACACACGGGCGGAGGUGAAGUUCGUGGAUGACGAGGAGCUGGCGUACGUCAUGCAGCGUUACCGCGAGGUGCACGACCUAAUGCACACCCUGCUGGGCAUGCCCACGAAUAUGCUGGGUGAGGUGGCAGUGAAGUGGUUCGAAGCGGCUCAGACCGGCCUGCCCAUGUGCAUUCUGGGAGCUGCCUUGGGACCGCUCCGUCUGUCAACCAGCCGCAUGCAGAAGCUGGUGACGUCACUGGGACCCUGGGCCCUGCGCAGCGGGUGGCAGGCACGCUGUGUGCUGAGCGUCUUCUACGAGCGGCGCUGGGAGCAGAGCCUGGAUUCGCUGAGGGAGGAGCUGCAUAUCGAGGCCCCGCCCCUGACGCUCAGGGCCACCGGCACGGCGGCUCCUGCAGAGUCAUGAGACGCGGAGGCUGAGUCAGCGCUCCUUCCCUGGGGGAGCGGAGUCCCCUGCAGGGCCGACGGUCACGCUACCCGGGUGGCAGGGCCUGUGGGAUUGGCCUAAUUAAAACCCAGCUGCCCGAAAGAAAACACAGCUGCCCGGUGCACGGGAAUCGAUCUGACUCUGUUUGAAGUGGUUGCCGUGGCGUUUUUCGCCCUCGAUGAGUAAAAUGACCGUCUGGGGGACGUGGGACUUCUGUCAUUUCCUCAUUCAGCCUUCAGUGCCACAUUCUCUGAGGCUGAGAUACACACUGUAGUUUACAGUGAGAGAAGUCCUGAUUUUUCCCCCCUGUGACUUAUCUCUGAAAAUCCAGGCAUCAUUUCCUCCUUACCCAACCCCCCCCACUCACACAAAGAUUUCCCACAGCCUUAUUUCUCAGCAUUUCAAUCCAAAUGUUUCCUUUCCCACACCCCCCCGGAAGCUUCAGACAAUCAGAUUGCUGCUAAUUGGAAGCAGCUGAUGGAGAAUAGCAGCCACUUGGUCAUCAGGCUGAUUUUUGCCUGUCUGUACAGAAAAUUUCCGGUUCUUUAAUGUGAUGUCUGUCUGUUGGCUUAGAGGAUUUGAUUCAAAAUCUUCCUGGCAGGGGAUCCCAGACUGAAUGAUUCAGUUCUCUCAGGUGGUGACUUGCAGAAAAAAUGCUGCUUUAAUGAAAUUAGGGUAAAGUCAUUUACUGUGUAUCCCCCCUCAUUUUCUUAAAGGUGCACUCUGUAAUAUCUUUGGCCAUUUUCAACAUUUAUUACAAUUAUUUUUCUAGUCUUUUUUGACCUGUGAUCAAGUAAUAUAAUGUAAGUAAUAUAAAUGAGUGUUUGAGACCAGUACAUGGACUGCCAUUGGCCAGUUGUUUUCAAGAGCCUGCAGUUCCUUUGUUAGUCCAUGAAGAGCCUGUGAUGUCA